AACACGUUUUAAUACACAUUUAUAUACGCACACGCAGCUGUGAGCUAAAGCCAAUAGAAUCAAUUCUCUCUUUUCUUUUUUUUUUUUCCUUUUUAUUGCUGAGAGAGAGAGAGAGACGAUUGGUGCUAUACUGCUAUUAAUAUCUUUCCUUCGUCUACACUCUCGCCGUUUCUCUCUCUUUUUACUCCGACCUUGUUCUUCCGUCACUACCUUCGCCGGAAAACCUUCACCGGAGGUCAAAGGGGAAUCUGUGAAGCAAAUCUCAUUUGAGUUUAAAAAAUCAUGUCAAGGCCUGGUCAGCUACCUCCUCGUUGCCCUAUCCCAAAGAAGCUGUCUUUGAAUCCUUAUGCAGAUACAUUCUACUCUUCUUCUUCCCCCGUUGAAUCAUACAUUAGCCAUCAUCACAAGUCUUCUUCUCCCACUCAAGAUUCCACGCUCGAGGAGCAACCAGCUUGGCUUGACGAGCUGCUGGGUGACAAAACUGACUGUGGAGGUCCUUCUCCUCUGCGCCGCUCGGCUAGCGACUCGGUUGUGCUGUUGGGAGACAUCUCGGCGGACUUUGCUGGUUUUAACCAAAGCGAGGAAGAUGAAGAGAGUUUGACUUCUGAAGCUUGUGGGGAGUUGGAGUCGGCUUGUGUGUAUGGUCCCAACUCGCCGAGAGCAAGGAACAGCUCGAGCUUCUCUGGUAGCCCUAUUGCUUCUGCCUUCUCGGAUUAUGGUUCUCAGAAAGCUCCUCAGAACGCAGUUGAUACUGUGAAAGGAAGCAUUUGUCAUCCACAUGAGGCAGAUAAUGCUUGCGGUUCAAAUGCAAAAAGGAACCCAGGACAGCGUUCAAGAGUUCGUAAGCUCCAGUACAUUGCUGAACUUGAGAGGAGGGUAUCCAUGCUGCAGGCGGUGGAAGCAGAUUUAUCAGUGAGAGUGGCUUCACUUCUUCAGACACGUGCAACACUGUCCUUGGAGAACAGCCAGAUGAAGCAGCAGAUGGCGAUACUAAAGCAGGACAAGCUCAUAAGGGAAGGUGAAUACCUGUUACUAAAGAAGGAAGCUCAGAGAUUGAACUCCAGAUUGAGAAACUUUGGGAGCAGCAACAACAAUAACAGGCUGGCCAGGUCUUACUCUGCCGGUUCAAGUAUAGGUCCACGGACAGGUUCGUCACACUUGGACUGGAACUUGCUUGAUCUGACUAAACUCAAUCUCAACUAAAGACAAGAACCCCCUCCCUCACAAGAAGAAUAAGUAGCUUGAGGAUGAUGACAGUUCUAUGUUUUGGAGAAAAAGGGACAAAUCUUUUUCUGAUUUGUAUAAAAAGUAUCCAACUCUCUGUGUCGAGAGUAUUGGACUUAGUCUGCUUUUAGCACAAAGAAUGUUAUAACUUCGAGAUUCUAAUGUUGUAAUCAUAGUGUAGCUCAUUAUGCCGGAUUUGAAAUAUGAGUAGCUUUAAGGA